CUCUCAAUCACUCCAGUUGCUCCAACUGGCAACGACAUAAACCCAAUUUUACAAUUUUACACGAAACCCAGCCAACUCUCGUCGAAGCAACAAAAUGACAUGGGGGCCACGGGAAGAGGGUCUGCAGCAGCUCCUCCCGAUCCUCAAGGACUCGCAAUUACCGGACACAGCCAUGCAGAUUGCUGUAAGAACGAAACUGGAGGAAUUCAAUCACUAUCCAGACUUCAACAACUACCUCGUCUAUGUCCUGACCAAACUGACAACGGAAGAUGAGCACACGCGCGCUAUGAGUGGCCUGAUCCUCAAGAACAACAUCCUUACGCACGGCAGCAAUCUACAGCCAGCGAUCGUGGAGUACAUCAAAGACGAGUGUCUGCAGGCAGUGGGCGACUCCUCGCCCCUGAUCCGAGCCACCGUUAGCAUCCUGAUCACCACCAUCGCCAGCUGUGGAGGCCUGCACAACUGGCCGCAGCUUCUGCCCUUGCUCUGCGACAUGCUCGACUCCCAGGACUACAACGUGUGCGAGGGAGCCUUCAGUGCGCUGCAGUUGAUCUGCGAGGACUCCGCUGGCAACCUAGACUCCUCAGGACUCAACUGGCCCCUUAACAUGAUGAUUCCCAAGUUCCUGAAGUACUUCAGGCACAGCAGUCCCAAGAUCCGUUGCCACGCCAUAGUCUGCUUCAACCAGUUUAUCAUUAAGAGAUCACUGACUGUAACGAAAGACAUAGACAGCUUUAUUGAGAACCUUUUCCAUUUGUCCUCGGAUGAGGACCACGAGGUGCGCAAGAACGUUUGUCACGGAUUGGUCAUGCUGCUGGAGGUGCGGAUGGACCGCCUUAUGCCGCACAUGUCGCAGAUCAUUGAGUACAUGUUGCUGCGCACCCAGGACUCCGAAGAGGCCGUGGCCCUGCAGGCCUUUGAGUUCUGGCUAUCGUUGGCGGAGAAGAGCAACUGCAAGGAGCUGCUUGCUCCUAUUCUGUCCCAGCUAGCACCAGUUCUUGUACAUAGCAUGCGUUACUCUGAGCUCGAGAUUAUUCUUCUAAAGUGCGACGAAGAAGAGGAUUGCAUGGUGCCGGAUCAAGAGGAGGACAUCAGUCCGCGCUUCCACAGGUCUCGCAGACAUGUAAACGAUGAAUUGGACGACGAAUCGGAGGACAAUAAGUCGCUUUUGCAAUGGAACCUGCGCAAGUGCAGCGCUUCCGCUCUCGACGCGCUAGCCAAGGUUUUCCGUGAGGACUUUCUGCCCGUUGUGUUGCCCAUUUUAAAGGAAACCCUGUUCCACCAAGAAUGGGUGGUUAAGGAGAGCGGUGUACUGGCCCUGGGAGCCAUAGCCGGCGGCUGCAUGCAGGGCAUGAUUCGGCAUUUGGCAGAGCUGAUUCCCUACCUGAUAUACUGUCUGUCCGACAAGAAGGCGUUGAUACGCUCCAUUGCGUUUUGGACGAUCUCACGGUACGCCAAUUGGGUGGUCAACCAGCCGCACGACCAGUACUUGAAGCCGCUUUUGAAGAAGGUGCUAAGGCAUAUUUUAGAUUCCAAUAAGCGCGUGCAGGAGGCCGCAUGCUCUGCACUGUGCAUUUUGGAGGAGGAGGCCUGUACGGAUCUUGUGCCCUACUUGGAGUACAUUCUUAAGACGCUCGUCUUGGCCUUCUCCAAGUACCAGCACAAGAAUCUGUUGAUCCUGUAUGACGCCGUCGGUACCUUGGCAGAUUCCGUGGGUCACCACCUAAACAAGCCGCAGUACAUUAACAUCCUGAUGCCACCGCUUAUCGACAAGUGGAACCAGGUUAAGGACGACGACAAGGACCUGUUUCCGUUGCUGGAGUGCCUGUCAAACAUCGCCACUGCGUUGCAAUUCGGUUUUUUUGCCUACUGUGAGCCGGUCUUUAGGAGAUGCAUCUCCCUCAUUGAGCAGACCAUCAACCAGGAAACGCUGUGCAAGCAGAACCAAACGUGUGAUCAUCCCGACAAAGACCGCAAGGUUGUUGCCCUAGACCUGCUGUCCGGCCUAGCAGAGGGCUUGAAUCUCCACAUCGAGACGCUGGUGGCCGACAGCAAUCUCAUGCAUCUGCUCUUACAAUGCAUGCAGGACGUUCAGCCGGACGUGCGUCAAUCUGCAUUUGCCUUGCUUGGUGAUCUGACCAGGGCCUGUUUCCCCCAUGUGCAUCCCUUCAUGGCCGAGUGUUUUCCCUUCUUGGUGCAGAACCUGAACCCAAAUUUUAUUCCGGUGUGCAACAAUGUCAUCUGGGCCAUGGGAGAGAUCUGCUUGAAAUUGGGUGAGGAGACCAAGCAGUACGUAGGCCUGGUACUCAGCGACCUAAUCAUCAUCAUCAACCGCCCAAACAUGCCCAAGAGUGUCCUUGAAAAUGCAGCAAUAACAAUCGGUCGUCUAGGUUAUGUGUGCCAAGUAGAAGUAGCUCCUUAUUUGCCAUCAUUUUUACGACAGUGGUGCACAACGUUACGCCGCAUUAAAGACAAUCAAGAGAAGUAUUCUGCCUUUAUUGGAAUGUGUCAUAUGAUCACGGUGGAUGUAUCCGCCGCGGUGCCCGACUUUAUAUUUUUCUGCGAUGCUAUUGCCUCGUGGGUGAAUCCCCCACAGGAUCUGCGGCUGGCAAUUCAGAGGGUCCUGCAUGGUUUCAAGAUCCACGUGUGUGAACAAAACUGGUCUCGUUAUGUAGAUCAAUUUCCGAAGGUUUUGGUUGAGCGCUUGAUUAGCUUGUACAACAUCUGAGCCCAGCCACAGCUUAUUUUAGCCUGUUACAAAUUCUUAUUUUCUGAUUGAAAGCUUAUGGAAAAGAAAAAAGAUGACAUUUUCAAGAAAUUUAUGAACGAAAUAGGACAAAAAAAUUUUGAAAAACCAAAAAUAUUUGUGUGCAAUCAAGAAGUAUGUAUUUCUUAUGGUUUUUACAAUAAUAUAGAAUGUAAAAUUUAAAUUGUCAAAUAACAAUAAAAACCCUAAAAAUAA